GACAUUUGUUGUAAACACUUGUUGACAUUUGAAAACACGUGAGAAGAGAAUACUAACCAAAACAAUAAAAAUAAUAUCUAAAAAUGCCUAAUAUUAAGAAGAGUAUAGAAAAACUAAAACAUCCAAACAGUAGGAAGACCUUAAAAAUUAUAAGCAAGAUAAAGAGAAACGAAAAGAAGGAUCAGAACAAAGUGGGAACACACAUAAAGCAAAACCUUAUUGGUGAGAAGAUUCUGUGGUUCAAAGAACGAAUACCCGAAGGUUGUGUGGUUUUGAAUAACGAACAGACGUUGAAUUUGAUAGAACAGUAUUUGGCGCGCUUUGACGAGGAGUUGGAACAAAUUGCGUUGAAGAACUCUGUUGGGCAAAGGAAAAACCGCCAACAUGCUAGCAGGGAAGAUAUAAUUAAUAUUACUAAGAAAAAAGAGCAAGAAGAGUUUGAAACAUGUGGCUUGGAGAUGCCUGACCUUCUUGAUGCACAGCAGAUGGAAGUUCUUAGGAACUGGAAUGGUGAAUUGAGGUUUCUUCAGCAUUUUAAGUUAAAAAGAAUAGCUAGAAAACAUUUAAUAAAGUAAUAGGGCAAACAA